ACUUCCGUCUCGCCUUGGUGUUGUUGUCCCUGCUCCGACUCCCAGCUGAGUGGUUCGGUGCGGAUAUUUAGUCAUGAAGUCACGGUAGGGACUUCUCCUGCAGCGACGCGGCCAGAGAGCCUGUUCGUGUUCCAGGGGGCCGGGCUUCCAGGUGGUUUUACUGCGCGAUGCUGCUCUCCUUAGGGAUGCUCAUGCUGUCGGCCACACAGGUCUACACCAUCCUGACUGUUCAGCUUUUUGCAUUCUUAAACCUACUGCCUGUAGAAGCAGACAUUUUAGCAUAUAAUUUUGAAAAUGCAUCUCAGACAUUUGAUGACCUUCCAGCAAGAUUUGGUUAUAGACUUCCAGCUGAAGGUUUAAAGGGCUUUUUGAUUAAUUCAAAACCAGAGAAUGCCUGUGAACCUAUAGUGCCUCCACCAUUAAAAGACAAUUCAUCUGGAGCUUUCAUCGUGUUAAUUAGAAGACUUGAUUGUAAUUUUGAUGUAAAGGUAGUAAUAAUAAAAUUACUCUUAUUCUUCUAUACAGUUGAUGUAUUAAAGAAAAUUGACAUUCCAUCUGUCUUUAUUGGUGAAUCAUCAGCUAAUUCUUUGAAAGAUGAAUUCACAUAUGAAAAAGGGGGCCAUGUUGUCUUAGUUCCAGAAUUUAGUCUUCCUCUGGAGUACUAUCUGAUCCCUUUCCUUAUCAUAGUGGGCAUCUGUCUCAUCUUGAUAGUUAUUUUCAUGAUCACAAAAUUUGUCCAGGACAGACAUAGAGCUAGAAGAAACAGGCUUCGUAAAGAUCAACUUAAGAAACUACCUAUACAUAAAUUCAAAAAAGGAGAUGAGUAUGAUGUAUGUGCCAUUUGUUUGGAUGAGUAUGAAGAUGGAGACAAGCUCAGAAUCCUUCCCUGUUCCCAUGCUUAUCACUGCAAGUGUGUAGACCCUUGGCUAACUAAAACUAAAAAAACGUGUCCAGUCUGCAAGCAAAAAGUUGUUCCUUCUCAAGGUGAUUCAGACUCUGACACAGAUAGUAGUCAAGAAGAAAAUGAAGUGUCAGAGCACACCCCUUUACUUAGACCUUUAGCUUCUGUCAGUGCUCAGUCGUUUGGGGCGCUGUCAGAAUCUCAUUCACAUCAGAACAUGACAGAAUCUUCAGACUACGAGGAAGAUGACAAUGAAGAGACCGACAGUAGUGAUGCAGAAAAUGAAAUUAAUGAACACAGUGUCGUGGUCCAAUUGCAGCCUAAUGGUGAACGGGAUUACAACAUAGCAAAUACUGUUUGACCUUUAGAAUGUAAUUGGUAUAUUUCUCUUUGAAAAACUUAGGUACAUACUGUAUUUGAUUUUUUUGCUCCCUUCAGAGACUUCUGUAGAAAUAACUUAUUUUUUAGUAUUCUGCAAUUUAAUCUGAAUACUGAAAACAGGCUUUUUGAUCCAGUAUUUAUCUGCAGGAGUAUACUUCAUUUCACAAAUAGACUGGUGCUGUAACUCAAGCAUCUUAUCAGUUCUUUUGGAAUGAAAUAUUAGCCAAAAUAUUUUAAAAAAAAAAUCCUCAGUGUAGCUUGCAAUUAAGAGCUAGAUCAAGUAUGCAAACGUUUUGUGUUUCACACACCAGGUCAGUGCUGUGGCCACCUAGCAUGAGCUAAGCCAACUUCCACCUCCAUAAAGUUAUCUAGAGUUGUUGAGCUGGAAUAUAUUUGUUCUGGUAUUUCCCCAAAUUGCCAUCAUUAGUAAAAGGCAACAAGGUAAUUUAGCAUUUUUCCUCUUAUCAGCACAAAGAAACUGAAAGCUUUUUCCUUCCCAUUCCCAAGUAGUCUUAUCCUGAUAGGAACAGUCUGUACUAGUGCAGAUUUCAAAAGUUUUUUUUAAUGUUAUUAAUACUAUAGUGUUAUGUAUGAAUUUGAUUCAGCCGUUUAAGUACUGGCUAAGUACUGGACAUUACUUACUGAAUUAUACUUAAGAGUUUUGUGGCGUUAUCAUCAAAGCAAAAAGAAAAUGCUGCAUAAAAAUACCAAACUUCAGCAACUGUUAAUACUCAGAUCAUAUACCUCUUAAUAAAAAGCAACUUAUGCUAAUUAGUCCUGCUAAACUAUGUACAAAGGAAAUUGUUCAAGUAUUGAAUUUGAAAGUGCUUAUAUUUAACAGAACUAAUGAUGUACUGAAACAAUGUAUUAUGAAAAGUAAAUUAUAUUAUACAUCACUGUAACUAUGUAGAAAAUAUAGACUAAUGUAUAAUCAAAAUGCUAAGAAUUUUAUAUGGCCUUGUAUGAGGGGAGUUUGAAUGUUAAUAAACAUGUUUUUCACUUUAA